CGUUGACAUUUAUGUCAACUAGUUUUUGUAUAUAUCAGAAAAACACACAAUUCAAGUUCUUAAUGCUCCAAUUCCUCUUAAAAUGUUUUCAAAAUUACUACGAACUACGUAUAAAUCUGGCCGCGUCACGUACAAAUCAGGACUGCUGCUGACAAGGAGAGUUACUCCCAAGGUCAUUCAUGUGCGGAAAAUGCAGAUGAUUCCUCCCACGCAGUAUGACAUUCCCUUUCCGAAGAAAAUCAAGCUAGGGAACAUGCUGACGACUUACUGGGAAAUAUCACCACUGAUCAUCACAACCACCUUCGCCUUAGCUUUAAUGUUCUGCUCAAUAUUAUGGUCGAUUAAAAAUAAGGUUGACGUCGUGUUCACAUCUCGGAAUCGACGAUAUGUAUCCCGCACUAUGGACCUCAGGAACCCAACAGUUCACAAGCUGAUCAUCAUAAACCAAAAGUACGAACCCUGGCCCGAGAUGGCAGAUGUACAUGACAAGAUGAAAUUGGCAGAGAAACGAGCUAUGAUGCGUGCACAGUCCUGCGCAGGACAUUAGACUUACACCAUAUUAUGUAGUUCUUGACAGACGCAACACCAGUCCAGAUGCUCGCUGAGACCAGUCGCAACGUUGGUGAGGUCGAGCAUGCCCGCAUCAACAACUUUGAAGAUUAGAGGGAAUUAAUGCAUGCGCAAAAUUUACACUUUAAAUUUUGGAUUACAUUAAAUUUGUAAAUGAAUAACAUAAUGAUGCAGUAUCUGUUGGUUGUUCUAAAUAGGCAUAUAUUACGAACUGGACUUUUAUACAAUCAUUCUUCUUGAGAAUAUAUUUAUUUUGCUAU